AUGACACUUCCCAAAACCUUCAAAGCCGCCGUCUUCGAAAAAGCCGAUGGACCCCUCGUUAUUUCAGACCUCGAGCUCCAAGAACCCAAAGCAAAUGAGAUUCUUGUAAAAGUAAUUGCCUGCGGAGUGUGUCACUCAGACGCCGUCGUUCAAGCCGGAAGUUUCGGAAACGGAUUUCCAAUUGUUCCUGGUCACGAGAUUAUUGGUACGGUGGCUGCUGUGGGCCCUGGGGUUGAGAAAUGGAAGGUUGGUGAGAGGGUUGGUGGUGCUUGGCAUGGUGGUCAUGAUGGGACCUGCAAGCAAUGUAAUCGUGGUAAUUUCCAAAUGUGUUCCAAUGGUGCUAUUAAUGGCGUUACUCGCAAUGGAGGAUUUGCCGAAUAUGUCCAUUUAAGAACCGAAGCCGCCGUUCGAGUUCCUGAAGAUGUCGAUCCUUAUAAAUACGCUCCAAUCUUGUGUGCUGGAAUCACUGUUUUUAACAGCAUGAGGAAGCUACAAAUUACACCUGGUGAAGUGGUUGCUAUUCAGGGAUUAGGUGGUUUAGGACAUUUGGCCGUGCAGUAUGCGGCUAAGAUGGGAUUUAAGGUUGUGGCUAUUAGUGGUGGUGAUAAAAAGAGAGAAUUCGCUCAUAAGUUAGGUGCCCAUGAGUAUAUUGAUGCAUCUAAGGAUGAUCCCGUUAAGAAGUUGGCGGAAUUGGGAGGAGCAGCAUUGAUUGUUUGCACGGCUCCAAACCCAAAGUCUAUUUCUCCUUUGACCGCUGGAUUGGCAUCAGGUGGAAAGUUGCUCAUCUUGGCUCCCUGUGGUAACGUGGAGAUCAAUACGGUGGAUCUCAUUAUGAGAGCGGCGUCAGUCUGUGGUUUCCCAUCUGGUCAUGCCUUGGACUCUGAAGAGGCCAUUGAGUUUACGAAGUUGCAUAAUGUUGACUGCAUGGUUGAGAAGUUCCCCUUGAAGGAUGCUCAGAAAGCAUAUGAUCAUAUGUUGAGUGGAAAUGUUAGAUUCAGAAGUGUUUUGGUCAUGGAUGAAUGA